GUUCUGCGCAGGGCCUGGUGGCUGACGGGGCAGGAACCCAUUGAUGGUGCUCUUUUGAUUUUUCUUUUCCCCUUUUUCGUUUUCUCUUUUGCACAUAGAGUCUCAUGUCUAAUACUAUUUAGACAUGAUGAGCUGUGUGCAGGGAGUAAUUUUGCUUUGCCUUGCUGUGUUACAACCCUCCUUAAUUUUGGCACAACAAGAUGUUAUCCUAGGAGCAUGCACCCAUCUUGGCCAAUUGUAUGCGGACAGAGAUGUUUGGAAACCUGAACCGUGCCUGAUCUGCGUGUGUGACUCGGGAGCUGUUCUUUGUGAUGACAUCGUCUGUGAGGAUCAGGAAUUAGAUUGUGUCAACCCAGAGAUUCCAUUUGGAGAAUGUUGCGCAGUUUGUCCACCUUCAACAUCAGCCCCUCCUGUUACUGGACCGACAGUUUCAAGACCUGGUCCCCAAGGCCCAAGGGGAGAUCCUGGUCCUCCUGGUACUCCUGGAAGGAAUGGUUCACCUGGUCAAGCCGGACCCCCAGGACCCCCCGGUAACCCUGGAAACCCCGGAAUCUGUCAGAAUUGCCCCAGCAUCGGUAAUGGAAUAAACUAUUCUCCUCAGUAUGAUGCCUAUGACACCAAGUCUGGUGGACAAGCAUAUCCGUUCCCAAGUACUGGAGCCGGAGCCCCUGGCCCUCCUGGCCCUCCUGGUCCCGUGGGUCAACCCGGAUCACCUGGAUCUCAUGGAUAUCAAGGGCCUCCAGGGGAACCUGGGCAAGCUGGCAGUCCAGGCUCUCCUGGUCCUCCAGGAUUAAUCGGACCACCUGGCCCUGCUGGAAAAGAUGGAGAAUCUGGCAGACCUGGCAGACCUGGUGAACGUGGAUUGCCUGGAGCUCCUGGCCACAAAGGUCCCUCUGGUAUGCCCGGAGUCCCCGGAAUGAAAGGCCAUAGAGGAUUUGAUGGAAGAGACGGUGCCAAAGGAGAUGCUGGUGCUCCCGGUCUGAAGGGUGAGAAUGGACUUCCUGGAGAAAACGGGUCUCCUGGACCAAUGGGUCCAAGAGGUCAAACAGGUGAAAGAGGAAGGCCAGGAGGCCCUGGACCAGCUGGUGGUCGUGGUAAUGAUGGUUCUCCAGGAGCUGCCGGCCCAAUUGGACCACCUGGCCCACCCGGACCUUCAGGAUUUCCAGGGACUCCAGGUUUUAAGGGUGAAGUUGGCCCUGGAGGUCCCCCCGGAUCCGCUGGUUCACCAGGCCCAAGAGGAGAACCGGGGCCUGCAGGCCAGCCUGGUGGUGCCGGUCCUCCAGGUCCUGGAGGACGAGAUGGAAGCCCAGGUGGAAAAGGUUUACCAGGUCCUGCUGGUAUUCCUGGUUCUCCUGGACUGAUGGGAGCUCGGGGCCCUCCUGGUCCCUCCGGUACUAAUGGAAACCCUGGACAGAGAGGUCCUGCCGGUGAACCUGGUAAGAAUGGUGGCAAAGGAGACCCAGGGCCAAAAGGUGAUCGCGGUGAAAAUGGUUCUCCAGGUGCUGCUGGUCCUCCAGGGGAAGAAGGCAAGGCGGGAUCCCCGGGUGCACCUGGCACAAACGGUUUGCCUGGAAAUCCAGGAGACAGGGGUGCUCCAGGUUUUAGUGGUCCUGCCGGUAGAAAUGGGGCGCCGGGUGAAAAGGGGGCUCCUGGUGAACGAGGUAGCCCAGGCAGUGCGGGAUCGAGAGGAUCUCCUGGCGAACCGGGACGUGAUGGCUCCCCAGGACUUCCAGGAAUGAGAGGCUUAACUGGAAGCCCAGGAAGCCCAGGAUCGGAUGGAAAACCAGGCCCUUCCGGUUCUCCAGGGGAAUCUGGGCGAAGUGGUCCACCGGGCCCAGCAGGACCGAGAGGACAACCAGGUGUGAUGGGUUUUCCCGGUCCAAAGGGUAGCGAGGGUUCACCAGGUAAAAAUGGAGAAAGGGGUCCAGGCGGAAGUCCUGGUGGACAGGGACCACCUGGAAAGGAUGGUGAAGCAGGACCUCAGGGUCCCCCUGGACCUGGAGGUCCUCCAGGUGAGAGAGGAGAACCCGGAGGAGCAGGCCCACCUGGAUUCCAGGGACUGCCUGGCAAUGUAGGAUCACCUGGAGAGAAUGGAAAACCCGGAGAAGCUGGUCCGAGAGGAGAAAAUGGAGCUCCGGGAAUCCCAGGCGGCAAGGGUGAAAACGGCGUCCCAGGUGAACGAGGAGCACAAGGCCCGCAGGGUCCUCCAGGCGCUAGAGGUGGGGCUGGCCCUCCAGGACCAGAAGGCACAAAGGGACCUGGUGGUCCCCCAGGAUCUCCUGGGGCAACAGGACCACCGGGCUUGCAAGGAAUGCCUGGUGAGAGAGGAGGUUCUGGAAACCCCGGACCCAAGGGAGAAAAGGGAGAGCCUGGUGGCAGGGGUGGUGACGGCCUACCUGGUAAAGACGGUGCAAGGGGUCCUGUCGGUUCCAUCGGGCCCCCCGGUCCAGCUGGCCAACCUGGUGAUAAGGGAGAGCAUGGUUCUGCUGGACCUCCUGGCCCGACCGGUCCCCGUGGUGGGCCUGGGGAGAGAGGGGAACAUGGGCCCCCUGGUCCGGCUGGUUUCCCCGGAGCUCCUGGACAAAAUGGAGAGCCUGGUGGAAAAGGAGAAAAAGGUCCCGCUGGUGAACGAGGCGAACCUGGACCCCAAGGGGCCGCAGGUCCACUCGGAGGUCCUGGAGCACCAGGUCCAUCUGGUCCAGCAGGGACGAAAGGGGAGCGUGGCCCUCAGGGUCUUCCCGGUCAGGCAGGCUUUCCUGGUGCUCGUGGCUUACCUGGUCCCCCUGGCAACAACGGCAAUUCGGGCCCACCUGGCGUCGCAGGUCCCGCUGGUAAAGAUGGGCCUCCCGGCCCCGCUGGGUCCACUGGCCCUGCUGGUUCCCCAGGAGGUGCUGGUCCAAAAGGAGAACCUGGCCAGCCCGGUGAAAGAGGCCCAGCAGGUGCAAGAGGAGAACCCGGUACCUCGGGUCCUUCAGGAAUUAUAGGCAUACCUGGACAACGUGGUAUUGCGGGAUUGCCAGGCUCAAGGGGUUCACCAGGGCCUGUUGGUCUACCUGGUGUCAAGGGUGAAGAUGGGAAACCGGGAUCCAAUGGUAGCCCCGGAGAACGAGGCCCUGCAGGUCCCCAAGGUCCUCCUGGACUGAGUGGAUCACCCGGAGAAUCUGGCAGAGAUGGCAAUUCUGGACAAGAUGGUGUGCCAGGUCGUGACGGGUCUCCAGGACCAAAGGGUGAUCGAGGUGAAAACGGCUCUCCAGGGACACCAGGGCUUCCAGGCCAUGUUGGUCCCCCAGGGAAUGUUGGUCCAUCUGGAAAACCAGGGGAUAGAGGAAGCCCAGGUCCUGCUGGUCCGGCUGGCCCCUCUGGCCCUGCUGGUAUUCGUGGUGCUCCUGGCCCCGCUGGUGCACGUGGUGAUAAAGGUGAAGCUGGAGAACGUGGCCUCAAUGGGAUAAAGGGUCAUCGAGGAUUCCCUGGUAACCCAGGACCUCCUGGUGGAGUUGGUGCAAUGGGUCCCCAAGGUCCAAAUGGAAGCCCAGGACCUGCCGGAGCUAGAGGCCCCCCCGGACCAAAUGGACCUCCCGGAAAAGACGGUACGAGUGGCUACCCUGGCCCUAUUGGUCCUCCUGGUCCCCGUGGAGCUCGAGGUGAAACUGGAACAGCGGGGUCACCUGGUCAUUCUGGGGCACCCGGCCCUCCUGGUCCUCCGGGAGCUCCCGGUCCAUGCUGUGGUGGUGCUGGUGUUGAUGGUCCAGCGGGGCAGUGGGAGAAAGGACCGACCUACUAUAGAGACCAGCCAUCUGAGGACAAAGCCAGUAUAAAUGAUGUUUUAGCCUCGUUGAAGUCCAUCAAUAAUCAGAUUGAAAACAUUGUCAGCCCUGACGGCUCUCGGAAGAAUCCAGCCCGUAACUGCAGAGACCUGAAGUUCUGCCACCCUGAACUGACCAGUGGAGAGUAUUGGAUCGAUCCUAACCAAGGUUGUAAAUUGGAUGCUAUUAAAGUAUUCUGUAAUAUGGAAACUGGUGAGACCUGCAUCAAUGCCAAUCCCAGAAGUAUUCCACGAAAGAACUGGUGGACAAGCUCAGGACCAGAAAAGAAGCACGUUUGGUUUGGCGAGUCCAUGAAUGGUGGAUUCCAGUUCAGUUAUGGUGAUCCUGACCUCCCCGAAGAAGUUGCAGAUGUCCAGCUGGCCUUCCUGAGAAUCCUUUCGAGUCGAGCCUCACAGAAUAUCACCUAUCACUGCAAGAACAGCAUCGCUUACAUGGAUGAGGCCAGUGGGAAUGUGAAAAGAUCACUGAAGCUCAUGAGCUCUACUGAGAGUGAAAUCAAGGCAGAAGGAAACAGCAAGUUCACAUACAGUGUGCUGGAAGACAGCUGCACUAAACACACCGGUGAAUGGGGCAGAACAGUCUUCGAGUACAGAACACGCAAGACGAUGAGGUUGCCCGUGAUUGAUAUUGCACCCUUUGAUAUCGGCGCUCCCAAUCAGGAAUUCGGUGUGGACGUUGGCCCAGUUUGCUUCUUAUAAACCAAGAGUAAUGCUCAUUCUGAAACCCAACAAACUCACACUCCGUUUUUGCUCUUCUUGUUUUAACCUUGUCAACUAGUAGAAUCAAUUCAACUGUAUCCCAGUUAUUUAUUUACCAAAAUUCUGGAGGGAAAAAAAGAUAAAUUGACAUAAAGGGUUACCAUUUUCUUACUUUGCUCUUACACAAAAUUCAACAAAAAUGCCAUUUGCUCUAUUUUCUUUCACCCAAAUUCCACCUCCCCAAAAAAAGAAAGAAAGAACUCCAUGGUGCUACAAUACAACUUCAACACUCAGUACAGCAAAACUGUGUCAUGUUAAAUGAAUGCUUACCCACCAAUGAAGCACUGACGGAUUCCAGCAUCCACGUUUACCUUUUGUUAUCAGAUGCAGUUCAUAAAGCUAGAAAGAAUUCCCUGUUUCAACUACCUCAGCAUGGACAGAAACUGGGAUGGAGUUUGAUGAUUCACAUCAAGAAAACCCAAGCAAAGCAAGUUGGAACCAAUGAAUACAUCUGGCUGUUUCUAUACUGGCUAGUGGUUAAGAGAGUACAGUGCCUCAGAAGAAGCGAAAGCCCUGGUGUCAACAGACUAAUAUAAUUUUAUUGCUGGACUGCAUUGAAUUUUUAAGGGUGCUCCUAAACUUUCCUGUCAUUGCUGGUCAAGACCACUAAAAUUUAGGGAAGUGUAAAAGAUUAAUGUGAUGGUGCUAGUUGCGUGAUUUUUUUUUUCACUUCUAAAUCUGCAAGCCAGGUUUAUUGACUUGCAUUUUAAAACAUCGAGGAUUGACAACAAUUGUAAAUGUCUCUCAUCAAAAGUCUUAUCAUUGGUAGGCCAUUUCCGAAGACUUUUCUUCCUUCACUCUGUAAAAGUCAAUAAAGAUGCAAAAUCAUGAGCUGCUUUUGUCACGUUAACACAUUUAUAGUGUUGGAGGUUAACCAUCUUUGUAAGCUUUUAUAUGGUUGUCGGUCUUUUCCUUACAGAGUCACAUAAUAAAAUAUUGUAAUAAAA